UCCACUGAUUAUCUGAAUCCUUAUCUUUAGUUUUGGCCUUACAAAUAACCUAAACCCUCACUCUCUCUUCCCACCACAAGAUCCUUCAAGAAAGACAAAACAGUUAUCUUUGUGAGCUUCAGGGGUCGCAACAAUGGCGAACGAAGUGAUCCUUCUUGAUUUCUGGCCUAGCAUGUUCGGGAUGAGGACGAGGAUCGCGUUGAGGGAGAAGGGUAUCGAGUUCGAGUACAGAGACGAGGACCUGUGGAACAAGAGCCCUUUGCUUCUCGAGACAAAUCCGGUUCACAAGAAGAUUCCGGUUCUCAUCCACAACGGUAAACCGGUCUGCGAAUCUACAAUCCAGGUUCAGUACAUAGACGAGGUCUGGUCUGACAAGAACCCUAUCCUCCCUUCUGAUCCUUACCAGAGAGCUCAGGCUAGAUUCUGGGUUGAUUUCAUCGACAAAAAGAUGUAUGAUGCCCAAAGGAAGGUGUGGGGGACCAAGGGUGAGGAACAAGAGACAGGCAAGAAAGAGUUUAUUGAGUUGCUCAAGACACUUGAAUCUGAGCUUGGAGAAAAUACUUACUUUGGUGGUGAUGACUUUGGCUACGUAGACAUUGGAUUGAUUGGGUUCUACUCGUGGUUCCAUGCAUACGAGAAGUAUGGUAACUUGAACAUCGAGUCAGAGUGUCCGAAACUGAUCGCUUGGGCUAAAACGUGUAUGCAGAGGGAGAGCGUGGCUAAGUCCUUGCCUGAUUCUGAGAAGGUUAUUGAGUUCGUCACUGAGAUCAGGAAGAAGUUUAUGCUUGAGUAGAUCAUGUUUUCUUUGUCCUCUUGGUUAUUAUCUACCCUCGCUUGUUAUGUGUUUUCCUUUGAUGAUGUCUUCUUUUAUAAUGCUAAAGAGUAUCUGUGGAUGUAUAGAAUGUAUAUUCUUGUUUGGGUAUGUUUGUAAUUGUGGGUUUGGUGAAUGUCCUGGCUUGUACUUUGUAUGCAUCUUGGAGUUAAUGAUAUGAUUUAGUAACAUAA